UCUAAUUACAAGGCAACCACUCGCUUGCUGUACACUGACUCUACUGUGAGACAUUCUGGAGUGAAAUAUUUAGAGUUGCGAGAUGCUAACUUCGAGAACAACGUCGUAGCUAUAGUUUUAUGUGAGACUAUGAGUUUGCUCGACAUUUUGGAGCAGAAAUUUGGUUUUUGUAAUUUCAAGUCUCAACUGCAACAGAACGCCAUCGAGGAACUGAUUAAACGUCGUUGUGAUGUCUUUAUUGGAAUGCCGACCGGCUCUGGUAAAUCACUAUGCUACCAACUACCGGCCGUCUGUCAUCGAGGAGUCACACUCGUCAUCAGUCCUCUCCUCGCUCUCAUACACGACCAAAUCACUAGCCUACAAAAGCGAGGUAUCGCCGCACAAGCAUUAAAUUCAAAAACAGACAAGGAGUCCAAAGCUGCCAUUCUCACCGAUUUGAGGAGUAAAACACCGCAGACAAAGAUGCUCUAUAUCACACCAGAGAUGGCUUCGACUGACUUUCUUCAGUCUCUGGCUACGUCUUUGCUCAGACGUGGUUUAUUGGGAUACUUUGUCGUUGAUGAGGCACACUGUGUGUCUGAGUGGGGUCACGACUUCAGACCUGAUUAUCGUAAAUUGGGUGGUUUUCGUUGCAAACUUUCUGGUGUGCCGUGUGUGGCUUUGACUGCCACGGCGACCGUUCGAGUUCAAGAGGAUAUAACGAGGACAUUAAAAUUUGGCGAAGAUGCUAAAGUGUAUCGAGCAGGAACAUUUCGUAGCAAUCUCUUCUAUGAAGUCAAGUAUAAAGAAAUUAUGGCCGAUUCGAUGGAAAAUCUUGCCACAUUCUGUCAAGACUGUUUGCAGACCGAUGACACUGAUGCUCACAGUGAAGUUGACCAAACUAGGAAUAGUUUGGAAGCCACUGUGGGGUCGGGAAUCGUGUAUUGCAGAACGAGAGAAGCGUGUGACGUUCUUGCCAGCCGAUUGAUCGGACGAGGAGUACACGCCAAAUCGUACCAUGCCGGUCUCAGUAAAGCGAGACGCUCAGAAGUGCAAGAUGAUUGGAUAUCGGGUCGUGUCCCGGUGUUGGUCGGUACCAUUAGUUUUGGCAUGGGAAUCGAUAAGGCAGACGUUCGAUUUGUUGUACACUGGACGUUGCCCAAGUCGAUGGAGGGAUAUUAUCAAGAGUCGGGAAGGGCAGGAAGAGACGGCAAGAAAGCGUUCUGCAGAUUGUAUUAUUCUAGGGAAGAGAGAAACACAGUGCAGUUUUUGAUCAGCCAGGAUGCCCAGAAACGAAUGGUUAUGAAAUCUGAACGUUCCGUCGCCGCUCAGUCCAGCUUUGAUGCACUCGUGAAAUACUGCGAAACAGCAUCUCGAUGCAGACACGAAUCAAUAACAGAUUUCUUUGGCGAGAAAGACAAGCCAUCAUGUGACCAAGGAUGUGACUACUGUCAAGAUCCCGAUGCCACACAAAAGGCACUUCACCAGUUGGAGGAAUCCUCGUUCACCCAUUUACAUCAUAACAGCAAGACCAUGGCUAUUAUAUCAAAACGUGUACCCGACCCAUCACUCUACGGUGGUGGCCGUUAUGGAGAAGACUGCAGGAUCGAAUCAUUCGAUGAUGACUCCGAUAAAGAAGAUGGAGGCAACUCUGACCGCCUUACUGCAUGUCAACGAGCCACCGAAAGGAAGUUCUUUGAUGCACAGUUCAGACUACGAAGAUCGACAAAGGCAACAAAUGAUGAGUUGGAAGGACCCGGACCCGACUGCAAGGUUGUCGAUGCUACGUCUGGUCGUAUUUCCGGUUUGUCAUGGAAGGUUCGUGAUCACUGUCUUGGAUUAAUCGAGAAGGCAAUUUCAACUAACAGUUCGGGAUGUGGGAUGGAGGUUAAGGAUGCCACUCAAGUCGAGCAUCGGAUCUUUGUGGAGAGUCGGCUGGCUGUGUCAUAUCGUGCUGCUGUUAUGAAAAAGGUUUCUCAACUGAAGCAGGCAAAGUCUACUCCUGCUGGCAACGAGGCAACAAAAGUCGACAUCUCAUCAACAACAAGCUUCAUACCUGCAUCACAAAUUGCGACAUCUACUACGAACCAGCCUUCCAUGCCAGCAUCACAAUCAUCACAAACUUCAAAACCCGAGGUCAGCGUCAAAGCCUCGACUGUUUCCAGAAAGAGAAAGCCACCUUUGUGUGUGAUCACCCAAUUCUUUGAAAGACCGGUAUCUAGUGACAAAGAUGAACAGGAGUCAGCGAAACGACAGAAAUUAGAGAGUCCGAGUGAUUCGAAUUGCUCUGGUUCUGUUGAUGGGAAGUUGGCAUGUAUGGGUGAGCCGGUGGAAGACAAGGCUGCACGAAAUGUUGUUCAACAGGAGGUGGCUAAGGUAGUGGUUCGAGUACUCUCACCGUAUUAUGCCAAUAAACAGAUAGCAACGAAGGAUCUCUUCAAGGCAUUAGCACGCAAAAUAACACAUCUAUUGUUGGAGCGUGAGAGCACUGGUCAGUCACUGGAUAGUUGUGAGGCUGAACGAUUAUCAAGAAGAGUCAUCGACAAUUUAUUUUCUCAAAAUGGAAAUCUCACGGAAUCGAAACAGUUUAGUCAGCUGACACUUUGAUGGAGCAAGUAUUUGGUUAACAAAAGGUUUAUACACAAUGUAAUGUAUAGUGAGAUAUAUAGACUGGAGUUUAGAGAGUUAAAGAGUUUACUUCAAAUUUAAUAUAUUCGGUUAUUUGGAUGCUGGAAGUUGCUCAACUAGCACUGUGUGGU